GAAUGAAACACACAAGUACUCGGCUUUUUGUAAGCACCACAAAAACCCUGGAGCGUUACCAACGUUGUUGCUUUAAUCCUCAAGAGAGCAGUAUCGAACAUGAAACACAGAGCUGGUACCAAGAGGUCUCAAAAUUGAAUGCAAAGUAUGAAGCACUUCAACGUACUCAAAGGCAUUUGCUGGGAGAAGAUCUUGGACCACUGAGUGUGAAGGAGCUGCAAAAUCUUGAGAAACAGCUGGAAGGGGCACUGGCACAAGCUAGGCAAAGGAAGACACAGAUAAUGGUAGAACAAAUGGAAGAGCUCCGCAGAAAGGAACGUCAGCUUGGAGACAUGAACAAACAGCUGAAGAUUAAGGUUUCAUUGGAAUCAUCACAGUUUGAGGCAGAAGGACAAGGUUUCAGAACCCUUCCAUGCCCGUGGAAUAAUUCAUCAACUGGAAACAGCAACUUUCCUAUGCACCCUUUGCAAUCCAAUCCCAUGGACUGCCAACCCGAACCUGUCUUACAAAUAGGGUAUCAACACUAUUUUCCAGCCGAAGGAUCAUCUAUACCAAGGAAUAUGGCCAGCAUGCAGGGUUGGGUUCUUUGAAGUUUGAACUGAUUCAUAUAUAUGUGUAUGGG